AUGCCACCAAAGCAGACAAAACUCAGCUUCAACAAGAAAGCUCCGAGUGAAUCUGAGCAAGACGAUUUCGAGAUUUCUGAUGGCAGCGAUGUUGAUAUGCCACCGCCAAAGAAAUCCAGUUCGACAAAAUCAAAAUCAAAGUCAAAGGCUCCUCAGAAUGACGACGACGACGCAAGUGAUAAUGACGAUGAUGAUGGCGUUCACAGCAUCCAACCACGAGGAGGCUCCACCAAGCAGAAAUCUGCCUCAGAGACUUACCAGAAGCUCUCACAACUUGAACACGUUCUUAAAAGACCUGAUAUGUACAUCGGUAGCUGUAUGUCCCACGAAGAUCACCACUGGGUCUUUGACGAUGAAAAUAAAAAUCUCAUCGAGAAAGACAUCUCAAUAGUACCCGGUUUAUACAAAAUUAUGGAUGAAAUUCUCGUCAAUGCUGCAGAUAACAAGACACGUGACCCAAGAAUGGAUCUACUUAAAGUUGAAAUCGACAGGGAAGAUAACAAAAUUAUGAUUCAAAACAACGGUAAAGGUAUUCCUGUUGAAAUCCACUCAAAAGAGAAAAUAUUCAUACCUGAGCUUAUCUUUGGUUCGCUUCUGACUUCAUCAAAUUAUGAUGACGACGACAAGAAACUAACCGGCGGUCGUAACGGUUUCGGUGCAAAGCUCACAAACAUCUACUCCACGGAGUUCACCGUUGAGACAGCAGACAGUGAAAGUGGAAAGAAAUUCAAGCAAACUUUCCGCAAAAAUAUGAGCGACAGGGAGUCCCCUAAAAUCACAAGCAACAGCAGAGGUGAGGAAUACACCAGAAUCACCUUCAAACCAGAUCUCGCUCGCUUCGGUAUGGACAAAAUCUCUGAUGACAUGUGCGCUCUCAUGACAAAGAGAGUCUACGAUAUGGCCGGUUGUCUUCCAGGUGUCAAGGUUUACUUAAACGGUACCCGCCUGCCUAUCCGCAACUUUAAGCAGUACGUUGAAAUGUAUGUCGCAUCCUCCCAAGGUAAUGAGGGUGAAGCCUCCACAAAAAAGCCAACUAUCAUUCAUGAGCGCGUCAAUGAUCGCUGGGAGGUGGCAUUCGCACUUAGUGAUGGUGUUUUCCGGGAGGUCUCAUUUGUCAAUUCUAUCGCUACAACUAAAGGUGGUACUCACGUCGAUCACGUCACCAAUCAAAUCGCAAGCAAGCUCGCCGACAUUGUCAAAAAGAAAAACAAGGGCUCUAACGUCACUGCUGGUAAGAUGAAGAAUCAGAUGUGGAUUUUUGUCAAUUCUAUGAUUGAAAAUCCUGCUUUCGACUCUCAAACUAAAGAGACGCUCACUCUUAAAGCCACACAAUUCGGUUCAAAGUGUCCACUCUCUGAGGAGUUUCAUAAGAAAGUAUCAAAGUCUGGUAUCGUUGAGAGUAUACUUGACUGGGCAAAAUUCGACGCUGAUCGUCAAUUGGCAAAGGGCGAUACCAAGACUAAGAAAUCAAAAAUCUCCAUCAAAGAUUACGAAGAAGCCAACAAGGCGGGUGGAAGAGAAGGUCAUAAGUGCACUUUAAUUCUCACAGAAGGUCUGUCUGCCAAGACACUCGCAAUGUCUGGCUCUCAGGUCGUCGGUAGAGACUAUUACGGUGUUUUUCCACUCCGUGGUAAGCUCCUCAACGUCAGAGAUGCCUCCCACUCUAGCAUCAUGAAUAACGCAGAGCUGACGGCCAUCAAGAGCAUCAUUGGUUUGGCUCACAAGAAAGAGUACUCUUCCAUUACGGAGCUGCGUUACGGUAGUAUCAUGAUUAUGACUGAUCAAGACCACGACGGUUCCCAUAUAAAGGGCCUGCUCAUCAACUACUUUGAUACUUUCUAUCCAUCACUCUUAAAAAUCCCUAACUUCCUUGUCGAGUUUAUCACUCCAAUCAUCAAAGUGUUCAAGCGGAACCAAGAAGUGAGCUUUUUCACCGUCCCCGAGUUUGAAAAUUGGAAGGCCCAAAACGAUGAUGGUCGUGGUUGGAGACUGAAGUAUUACAAGGGUUUGGGUACCUCGUCCGACGAGGAGGCUCGCCAGUACUUCAAAGCACUCGAACGUCACCGUAUUCCUUUUACCUCCACUCAAGACGGUGAUCGUGAGCUCAUUGAUAUGGCUUUCAACAAGAAGCGUACGGAGGACCGUAAGGAGUGGCUAAGAGGGUACACUCCUGGUACUUACCUGGACCAUGACAUCGAUGAGAUCACUUAUAAAGACUUUGUCAACAAAGAACUUAUUCUCUUCUCGAUGGCAGACAAUGCACGUUCUAUACCUUCAAUGGUUGAUGGUUUCAAGCCUGGUCAGCGAAAGGUUCUUUAUGGUACAAUCAAAAGAAACUUGAAAAGCGAAAUCAAGGUCGCUCAGCUGGGUAUGUCUGUUGCUGAAAAUACUUCAUACCACCACGGUGAGCAGUCUCUCAUUCAAACUAUUGUCGGUAUGGCACAGAGCUACGUUGGUUCGAACAACCUCAACAUCCUCUCACCAAAUGGUCAAUUCGGUUCGCGUAGAGAGGGCGGUAAGGAUUCGGCUGCUGCACGUUAUAUUUUCACUGCAAUUCCACGCAUCACGCGUACUGUUUUCCACCCCAACGACGACCCUAUCCUCACUUACCUCAAAGAAGAUGAUGAGUGGAUCGAGCCGGAGUGGUACGUGCCCAUAAUUCCAAUGGUCCUUGUUAACGGCGCCGACGGUAUCGGUACGGGAUGGUCGACCACCAUUCCCAACUACAACCCAGCAGACCUCGUUGCCAACAUCCGCCGCAAGCUCAACAAUCAGGAGAUGCAACCUAUGAUUCCAUGGUAUCGCGGCUUCACAGGUAACAUUGAGCAGAUGCCAAACACAACGGACAGAUUCAAAAACCAAGGUAUCAUUGAGCACAUUGACGAUUUCAAGGUUCGUAUCACUGAGCUUCCUGUGCGAGUAUGGACGGUUCCCUAUAAGGAGGAGAAGCUGAAGCUGUGGGCUCAAGGAAAUGAGAAGACAGCACCUCUGAUCAAGGACUACGAGGAGCACGACACGACGACGACUGUCGAAUUUAUCGUCACGCUCGACCAGAAACAGAUGAAGACUGCGCUUGAGAAGGGCCUGCAUGAGUACUUUAAGCUCAACGGCUCGAUAGCGACCUCGAACAUUGUCUGUUUCACGUCCGAGGGCAAGAUAAGGAAGUAUGCCAACCCUGAAGAGAUACUCGAGGAGUUCUUCUACAUCCGCCUCAAGUACUAUCAGCUGAGAAAGGACUACCAGAUGCACGAGCUCGGUGUGGCAUUCGAUCGACUCUCCAACCAAGCUCGCUUCAUCAAGAUGAUUGUCGAGCGUGAACUCAUCGUUUCUAACCGCAAACGGAAGGAUGUUGUUGCAGAGCUCCGCGCCAAGAAGUUUACGCCCUUCCCUAAACAAAGGGAGAAGAAGAGACCUGGUGAGGUUGAGAUUAUCGGCCAGGAAGAGGAGGAAGAGGAGAACGAGGGCGGAGCGAGCGACUUUGAUUACUUGCUCAGCAUGCAGAUUUCUAGCUUGACAAUGGAGAGAAUGGAGCAACUCCUCAAACAACGCGAUGCCAAGGAGACUGAGCUCAACGAUCUGGCAAAGAUGAUGCCCCAGCAUCUUUGGGAUAACGAUCUUGAUCGCUUCAUGGAAGAGUGGAAUGAUCUGAUCGAGAAGGAUGCAGAGGCUGCUGAUAGAGUCGCAAACAAGACGAAGAACAAAGGUGCGACAGCAAGGCGUGUACAGAAAGCUAUCAAGAAGAAGCGUGGCGAUAGUGAUGACGAAGAUGACGACUUUUCAGCUGCUGCUCCAAAACGCAAGAAGGCCAGUCCAAAGAAAAAGACGCAGCCAAAGAAGGAGAAGGAGGUUGACGAUGACAUUGAGGUCACGAGCAAGUCGACUAGCAAGCCCACUAAGAAGACACCAGCUAAGAAGCACAAGAUCGAAAGUGACGAUGAAUCACCACCUGCUAAGCGCCAAGCGUCUGUCAAGGGUGAGGACUCUGCAAGUCCAGAAAGGAAGACGACCAAGAGGACGACCAAGACCAAGGCAGCAGCAAAAGGACCAUCGAAGGCUCCCGCUAAGAAGCAGCAGGGUGCUAGUGAGGAAUCAGAAGACGAGAAGCCAGCUAGCAAGAGUAAGAAGAGCUCUGCUGCCUCUGAGGACGACUUUGGCGUUGGAGGGGAUGACCAACCAGCCUCAGUCGCGCCACGCGCUAAGUCUGGACGCUCUCAAACACAAAAGGCAGUGCCCACUUAUAUUGAUUUCUCUGACGACGAAGACUUCUAA